GGUAGUUUGCUCGGUUAAACAUUCUAUUGCUGUCAUGGUGGGGAUAAAUCACUACGCAUAUGGAUGUGCGUAAGCCCGUAUUGAAAUUAUAUCCGAUUCCGAUAUCCGACGGACUGAUAUGCCCCUCCACUCUUGAUACGCUUUGUCAUCUUAUCAAUCUUGGCAUAUAUGAGUCGAAAUCCAAGAGGAAACGUGUGCAAGUUAACCAUAUAUCUUCCGAACCAGACAUCAAUAGAAUUUCUUCAUAGCAUCACAAUGGUUCUCAAAGUUGAGGAAUGUAAUGAUGAUGAUAUGCAUCGGGUCUUUGAGAUCUUUUGCCAGGCGUUCGGAACCAGACACCCCAUGAUUGAGGCAAUCUAUCCAAAUCAUGAUACUGAGGCUGGCCGAAUCAGUGGUGGCAACCGUAUGCGGGAUACGAAAAAUGACGAUCCUCACACAACAUUUCUUAAAGUCGUGGAUACCGAUACAGGCGCUAUGAUUGCGAAAGCCAAAUGGAACAUUUGGAAAGGUGUGAUCCCACCCGAAAAAGAUUUAGAUGGAGAUUAUUGGGAAACUGCGGAGGAGAAGGAAUGGGCUCAGUAUUUGAACCGAGACUUCUUGGUCACUCGUCGAGCGGCCAUUAAAGAACAUGAAGGCCAUUUAGUUUCAUUGGAUAUCCUUGCCGUUGACCCCGCUUAUCAACGCCGGGGAGCAGGUCGCCUUUUGGUCAAAUGGGGAACUGCAAUUGCUGAUGAACUUGGAUACACGGCCGUAGUAGAAGCAUCUGUCGCUGGUCGACCACUGUAUGAGUCCGAGGGAUUUGAAUAUGUCAAACAUUGUGAAACAAAAAUACCAGAAAGAUUUGGUGAUCGGAAAGGAGAGGGGUUCAUAUGGAUGGUGAGACCAGCAAAGAAGUAGAUUUGAGGAAGCGGAAAAUAGACAUUUUGACCUCUCUCUCAACGACCUGGGUAUGCACAUAUAUACAUACAUAAGCAUAAUCGAUUAACGUUAUAUGUUGAUGUCUAAUGGAGUGAGUUUAGUCGAGAACA